ACUUGCAUCAUUAGAAAACACUUAGGGUAAAUCGGUUGCCAACUACCUAAACAUCCUCCAUAUAUUCCCCUCGUCCAUGCCUCAUCCAGCACAUUCCAAUCCCAGCUGCCAAGCAGUCAAGAUGUCGAGCGUUAAACUUGUAUUUCUCAUCCUCAUCGUUGUCACGCUGGUUCUCCUGGUUGCGGCUCGGCCCAGGUCACGAUCUCCGAUCUAUAACGAGGUCACCUCCCUGCCAGUGGAGCGCGAGAGAUUGAGCAACGAGCUGCUGGCGGAACAGAUCUCCCCAUGGAGGCGACAGACCAAAAAGGACUUCUACCUGAAGCGACACUCCUUCAUCAAUCCCAAGAUGAUGCUCUCCCGUAGUCCCUUCCUCCAGAGCUUCUACGAUGUGCCAGAGCCGGACAUUGCUCCCGGCGGAGCCAACUACUUUGGUAACGAGGUGUUGCCGCUGUCCACCUACGAGAUCAUGGAACCAGAAUCCAUGCUAUAAGUUUAUAAGAUUCUUGCGAAUUCUAUGUGAAGUAAAUUUAAUUUAAUGCAUUUAAAAUAUAGUGAUAUA